AAAUAUAAUUCUAGGGUUUGCCGAUAUUCGAAGGCUUGGAAAAUUUUCUCCUUUCUCGCGCUUCGUCUUCCUUCGCUCCUGACGGCAACUAGACGAAGCCAUGGUUCACGUCAAUUUUUAUCGAAACUAUGGGAAGACAUUCAAGAAGCCUCGCCGUCCAUAUGAGAAGGAGCGUUUAGAUGCGGAGCUGAAGCUUGUUGGAGAGUACGGACUCCGAUGUAAGCGGGAGUUGUGGAGGGUCCAGUAUGCACUAAGCCGCAUCCGUAAUAAUGCAAGGAUGCUUCUCACUCUUGAUGAGAAAAAUCCUCGUCGGAUCUUUGAGGGUGAGGCUCUUCUUCGCAGGAUGAACAGGUACGGUCUGUUGGAUGAGAGCCAAAACAAACUUGAUUAUGUCCUAGCUUUGACUGUGGAGAACUUCCUUGAGCGCCGACUUCAAACACUCGUAUUCAAGACGGGCAUGGCAAAGUCCAUUCAUCAUGCUCGUGUGCUUAUUAGGCAGAGGCAUAUCAGGGUUGGAAGACAGGUGGUUAACAUAGCAUCUUUCAUGGUGAGGGUGGACUCACAGAAACACAUUGAUUUCUCCCUUACAAGUCCACUGGGAGGUGGUCGCCCUGGAAGAGUCAAGCGAAGGAACCAAAAAGCAGCUUCCAAGAAAGCUUCUGGUGGAGAUGGCGACGAGGAGGACGAGGAUUGAAUAGCACCAACACUAGAGAUUAAAUGGGUUUUGUUUUGUGUUCGCACCAUGUCUUCGGUUUGUUGUUCCUUUUUUAGAUUCAUAUUUGCAAAAUUUUAUAAUUAGAAGGUGAUACAAGUUCUGUUUUUUGGUUCAUAUGGGUAAGAAUAUAUUGACUGUUUAGAAUAUGUUUGUAUUUUAUUUUGGUUAUGGAAUUGGGUGGCCGUGGAUAUAUUGAUAUAUUUUUCUAUCUCA